UAGAAGCUAUGUUUGGUAGUGGUAUAAUCUCGUCUUAAAAUGAAUAAAGAAACAUUUUGAUUAAUUAUUUUGGUUCGGAAGAACCCUGUGUCGGAAAUUCAGUUUAGUUUGUCAAUAUUUUAUUUGUUUAAAUUAUUUGAUAUUCCGCUUCCGCCCAAAUCUUUACUACGUCUAGGAUGGUCAGAGCUCUAUUUAAACAAAAGCCAAAUAGAAGAAAUACACUCCACAGAAAAACUUUGGAAAACCUCAACCACAAAGUAACAGAGUAUUUUUCUGUAAGGAAGUCCGAUAGAAGAACUAAACGGGAGCUACAAGAAGAAAAAAGGCUACUCUUAGAGUAUGCUCUGAAGAAAGGCAUAGAAGAGGGGCUGGAGGUAAGAUAUAUUAACGGAAAAGGCCGGGGAGUUUUUGCUUCAAAAAAUUUCCUUAGAGGGGAAUUUGUGGUGGAAUAUAGUGGCGAACUCAUCGAUGUGAAUGAAGCAAGCAGACGAGAAAAGGUUUACGAAGAAGAUGAAAGCACGGGGUGCUACAUGUAUUAUUUCAAGCAUAACGAGCAACAGUAUUGUGUCGACGCGACCGCAGAAUCCGGAAAGCUGGGUCGGCUGAUCAAUCACUCCCGCAAUGGUAACCUCGUUACGAGAACCGUACUGGUGGACGGCAAACCGAGGCUGGCUCUGCUCGCUAGGGCCGAUAUAAGGGAGGGAGAGGAACUGCUGUACGAUUACGGGGACAGGUCCAAGGAGGCCCUCGAGCACCAUCCUUGGUUGGCAUUGUAAUGAACCUUUAGAACGGGUAGAAUUUUAGGUGUUCUUGUGAAGGUACAAUUUAUUUGGCGACGGAUAAGACGGUCGGGUUCAUUGGAAGGGGGUGGCGCCCAGAUCCCAAAUGAAUUGUUCCGGAUGUCUCGCAAGGAAUUCAGCAGUAUUUGUUCUAGCGUUCACGGUGAAUGUCGUAAAGUAAGAAUUGUAGGAUCUUAUUAGACGAGUCGUAUUUAUAUUGUUAAUUUUUUACUUACGUAGGUGUUUUUUUAUUAAAGGUAGUCUAAUUCGA